GUAAUUUUCAGAUGGUGGAAAAUCUCACCUAGGAGUAAAUAUCGUGAAUCAAGACCUGGAGAAAUUAAAGAAUCCCAUGAGGAUUUUUUGAAUGAUUAAUCUCUUCAUAUUCAGAUUGCUAUAGUGUUUGGUGCCAAAGUUCUGGAACAUGUCCUCAAUCUGUGCCGAGAUAACUAUGACUUCCUGGAACGGCUUCUUGUCCCAUAACUGCUGUACAUCAUUUCCUUUCUGGAGCUUGAAGAUAUUGCCAGGCUUUCUGAAGUUUCACGGAGAUUUGAAAUGAUAUGUAACAGUAAUGCGCUAUGGGAAAAUAUUGUGGAGAACUUGUGUGACACAAUUACACCUGAAACGAAAGAACUUGCCCGGGAAAUGGGCUGGAAACAAUUCUUCUUCACAGACGGACUUCAGCUACAGCUGCAGCUCCGAAGGAAGAGGCAGAAACUUGAUGCUCAGAACAAAAAGCUAACUGAAUAA